AUGAGUCAAUUGCAAGGAUCGUCUUCACUUAAACGGAAACGACAAGACUUGGCUUUAGUGUCGGGAUCUAUGACAGAUGGUGAACGUGUAUUGUACAAUCUCAUACAUAGCAAGAAAGACAUGGGAAUCUGGACAGGGGACAUGAAACGACAAACGAACCUACCUGACAGCAUAGUAAAAAAAUCCUUGAAGUUGCUUCAAUCCAAGAAUCUGAUAAAGGAGGUUGUUAACAUUCAAAACAAAGGUAGAAAACACUACAUGGCAGCUGAGUUUGAACCAUCCAAGGAAAUCACUGGUGGGGAUUGGUAUACUCAAGGGAGUCUUGAUACUGAUUUCAUAAACCUUGUAAAGGAGGUGUGCUUGAAGUGCAUUUUCAGGCAGAAAGUUGCCACACGAGAUGGAGUUUUGGAGUGGAGCAGAAAGAGUGGUGUCUUCACGGUUGAAGUCACAACACAGCAAAUAGAUGAGAUUUUGCGAGCUUUGGUUUUGGAUGACGAGAUUGAAGAAGUGAAAAGCACUGGACUAGGGGAUUUUUCUUCUGUUCCUGUUGGCAGAAUUUGUUACAGAUGCAAAAGUAAAGGUGGCAACAGAGGGGAACAUAAACCCGGUGCCAUGGCGUCCAUUCCAUGUGGAGUUUGUCCACGAAUAAACUUCUGUACACCAGAUGGCAUUAUCUCCCCAAGAACUUGUGUCUAUUAUCAGAAAUGGUUGGACUUCUAA